CAGGCAGGUGCCACCAGAGCAUCCCAUGGCCGAUGACAUCACCUGCACACGACCAACUGCCGUUUACUCUCUGCUGGCGACCGACGUGACUGGACCGAGGUCUACAGACUGAAGGAGAACCGCUGAGAUGGCGUCCACUGGACAUGGAGAAGAUGGCGAGGAGGAGAAGAGGAAAAGCGAAGGCAAGAGGAAGAGGGAAGAGGAAGGCGAGGAUGGAGUCAAGAGGAGGAGAGAGGACGAUGGAGGAUCAGAGGAUGAGGAGCCAACACCUGGGAUGGCGACCACUGGACAUGGAGAAGAUGGCGAGGAGGAGAAGAGGAAGAGGGAAGAGGAAGGCAAGGAUGGAGUCAAGAGAAGGAGAGGAGAUGACGACAGAGGAUCGGAGGAUGAGGAGCCAGCACCUGGGAUGGCGUCCACUGGACAUGGAGAAGAUGGCAAGGAGGAGAAGAGGAAGAGGGAAGGCGAGGAUGGAGUCAAGAGGAGGAGAGAGGACGAUGGAGGAUCAGAGGAUGAGGAGCCAACACCUGGGAUGGCGUCCACUGGACAUGGAGAAGAUGGCAAGGAGGAGAAGAGGAAGAGGGAAGAGGAAGGCGAGGAUGGAGUCAAGUGGAGGAGAGGAGACGAGGAUGGAGGAUCAGAGGAUGAGGAACCAACACCUGGGAUGGCGUCUACUGAACAUGAAGAAGAUGGCAAGGAGGAGAAGAGGAAGAGCGAAGGCAAGAGGAAGAGGGAAGAGGAAGGCGAGGAUGGAGUCAAGAGGAGGAGAGACAACGAGAAUGGAGGAUCAGAGGAUGAGGAGCCAACACCUGGGAGCAGCCAAGGAACAUCGGGUCCCUACCCCAGGCUUACCAUCAGCCACUACAACCUCCACCAAGUCCUGGGUAGAGGCAACUUCGGCAAAGUGGUCCUGGCAUCAGUCCCUGGCCGAGACACCCACAUGGCCAUAAAGAUCAUCAACAGAAGAGAGGACAACGAGGGAACCAUCAAGAGAGAGCGGCGGAUACUCCUGGCAGCCCGAGACUGUCCAUUUCUAUGCCACCUUUAUGCUGCACAUCAGUCUCUGGAGCGCGCAUACUUCAUCACGGAGUACCUGUCCGGCGGCAGUCUGGAGGAUUUGAUCAGGAUUUGCUGCUACCUGGACAUCAACAACAUAAGGUUCUACGCAGCAGAGAUGGUAUGCGGCCUCCAGUUCCUCCAUGGACAGAACAUCGUCCACAGAGACCUCAAGCCAGAGAACAUCAUGUUGGAUGCAGAAGGCCACAUCCGGAUCAUUGACCUGGGCCUGGCACAAGAUGGAGUCACAGCCUCCAGCAAGAUCGAUGGAGUGACAGGAACAUUCUGCUACAUGGCCCCUGAAGUGCUUCUCGGACAAGAGUAUUACACAGCCGUUGACUGGUGGAGCCUUGGGAUUGUGUUGUGCAGGAUGGCGACAGGACGCUUCCCAUUUUUCAUCGGCCACAGCAAGCAGAAGGUUUUCAAAGCCAUCACCAGAAAGGAGCCAAAACUUCCACCCGGGAUGGAUGCUGCUAUUGAACAUCUCAUCAGUCAACUUCUGCGCAAGAAUCCCGAUAAGCGCCCUGGGGUGCGCAGAAACAUCCGGAAGCAUCCAUUCUUUUCCACCAUUCGCUGGGAGGAACUGGAAGAGAGGAGAGCCAAGCCACCAUGUGGAUCUGGACUCUGAGGACACCGCGCCUACUGCUCAGAACCUCCGGCCUCCUGAUCCAGGCAUCAUGUCUCUGCUGCUGUAACCUCGGCUGCUCUAGAACAUCUUUAUGCCACACCUUUGCCAUUGUGUUACUGCCCCAGGCCCUUUACCUGGCAUCCUCCAUUCCGGGGCUGGCAUCUGACAUCACUGCAGCCGGAAGAUCCUCUACAACCCCAGGAGCGGCCUGUGCUUAGAUUCCAUCUGGUAAGUUCAGGAACAAUAGCCGCAUGUUGUAAUCCUGCGGUGCUGAGUGGCGGAUAUUAUCCCUGAACCCAUCCAAGCACAGGCUGGGUAAGUACUGCACUCACCACACACACUACACGAUAGGGAUAGGCGCACACACAUAGACACAGACCACAGAUAGGGGACAUAUCGGCUCGAUCCAGGGAUUUAUUCUGAUCGCCAUAUUUGGGGUCGGGAAGGAAUUUUUCCCCCUGAUUUUAGGACAAUUGGCUCAUUCCUCACAGGGGGUUUUCGCCUUCCUCUGGAUCAAUAUAGCCGUAAAUAGGUUUAGCAUAAUAACAUAAAAUUACCCUCUUAGUAACACAACUAAUUCUAAAAAAUUAAUAAAUAAAUAUAUAUUUAUAUAUUUUUUUAUCUUAAAAAUGUAUUUGACCCAAACAUUAAAAUUAGACUACUAGACUUACCAAUAGACUAUUAGAAACAUGUAUAACAAAAAAAUAUUUAUAAUUUAAAUUAAUUUACCCCCCCCCCCCCCCCUUUCUAUCACUCUGGUUUGGUUCCAGCCUUUGAUCCUGGGAUUUAUUCUGACCGCCAUAUUUGGGGUCGGGAAGGAAUUUUCCCCCCUGGUAAUAAGGACAAUUGGCUCUUUCCUUACAGGGGGUUUUCGCCUUCCUCUGGAACAACACGGCCGAGCACGGUUCAGUACAACAGACCACUAACUUACUAUUAUAUUAUAAUAUUAUAUAUGUGUAUCU